AUGCGUAUUCCCGUAGACCCGAGCACCAGCAGGCGCUUCACUCCCCCGUCCACGGCGUUCCCCUGCGGUAAGAUGGGCGAGAACAGCGGGGCGCUGGGGGCCGCCGCGCCCGGCGCCCGCGCUCGGCCCGAGGUGCGCUCCGUCGUGGAUGUCCUGGCCGACCACGCCGGCGAGCUGGUGCGCACCGACAGCCCCAACUUCUUGUGCUCCGUGCUGCCGUCGCACUGGAGGUGCAACAAGACGCUGCCCGUCGCCUUCAAGGUCGUGGCGCUCGGAGAUGUCCCCGACGGGACCGUGGUCACGGUGAUGGCGGGGAACGACGAGAAUUACUCGGCGGAGCUGCGCAACGCCUCGGCCGUGAUGAAAAACCAAGUGGCGAGAUUUAACGACCUCAGAUUUGUUGGGAGAAGCGGCAGGGGGAAAAGCUUCACCCUGACCAUCACGGUGUUCACCAACCCCACGCAAGUGGCCACCUACCACCGAGCCAUCAAAGUGACCGUGGACGGGCCCCGGGAGCCCCGCAGGCACAGACAAAAGCUGGAAGACCAAGCCAAACCCUUCGCCGACCGCUACGGAGAGCUGGAACGGCUGCGCCAGUCCAUGAGAGUCACCCCGACAACACCCAACCCCCGUGGAUCCCUCAGCACCCCGAGCCACUUCGGCUCCCAGGCUCAAACUCCAAUCCAAGGCACGUCAGAGCUGAGCCCCUUCUCGGACCCGCGGCAGUUCGAGCGCUCCUUCCCCACGCUGCCGGCGCUGACGGAGACGCGCUUCUCCGACCCGCGGAUGCAUUACCCCGGCGCCAUGUCCGCCGCCUUCCCCUACACCGCCGCGCCCUCGGCCACGGGCAUCGGGGGCAUCAGCAUGACCAGCAUGCCCACCACCACCCGCUUCCACCACACCUACCUGCCGCCCCCGUACCCCAGCUCCACGCAGAACCAGAGCGGGCCCUUCCAGGCCAACCCCUCUCCCUACCACUUGUACUACGGGACGUCCUCGGGCUCCUACCAGUUCUCCAUGGUGGCGGGAGGCGAACGCUCGCCCACCCGCAUGCUCUCGUCCUGCACCAGCGCCUCGGCGGGCAACAACCUGAUGAACGCCAGCCUGGGCGCGCAGAGCGACGGUGUGGACGCCGACGGCAGCCACAGCAAUUCCCCCACCGCCAUGAGCACCACGGGCAGGAUGGAUGAGUCCGUCUGGAGACCCUACUGA